AUUCGCCGGUUUUAGAUGGCGGAUCCGAGUGAUUAUGACGCCCUCGAUGAUGACAACAACCAGUACAAGUUGCCUGAGAACCCGACGAUAACAGACUACGUUCUACACCCUUACAGGGGGUUGAAGAGUUUCAAAGACACUCUGCUGCACAAUUUCGGAUGGAAAUUCACCACACAGAUCGGCGUCAUGUACCUGUUCGUCAAAGGUCUCCUCAACUCCAUCAUGGGCCUAAUCAAGCUCUCCUACUGCAAGAAGUCCCUCCAGAUCGAUGGGAACCAGUGCCAGACGAUGAUGUCCAUAGCCAUGACACCCUGGGCGAUCAAGGGAGCUAUGGGGGUGGUCUCGGACGCUUACCCUCUGCUCGGCUAUCACAAGAAGAGCUACAUCAUCGCCUCCGCGUUCCUGGGCACCUUCGCAUUCUUCAUGCUCGCGUCGACCCCUAUCCACGUGGCCUGGCUGGCAGCGAUCUUUCUGUUCCUUGCCAACUUCCAGAUCGCCACCUGCGACCUCCUGUGCGAGGGCAAGUACGCUGAGAGGAUGCAGGCGAAGCCCAAGACCGGGUCGACGAUGGUGUCGUUCGUGUGGGGAUGCUUCCAGCUCGGGAGCUUCAUCGCCUCCGUCUUCGUGGGCCCGAUCGCCGACAACUAUGACCCUCAGAUCAUCUUCUGGGUUUGCAUCCCCCUUGCCGCCAGCAUCCUUAUCCCCACAGUCAUGGACUACCUCGGGGACGAGAAGGUGGAGGAGGAGAAGCGGGGGAUCGACUGGUCGCUGCUCAAGGAGCACACGUACAUGAUCCUCUUCUGCCUGAUCAUGGCGGCGGUGGCCAUGGGCAAUGCCAUCAUCGACCUCCUCCUCUUCCAGUACCACCAGGUGCAGGCUCUGUACGCCGUCGUCUGCUCCGUCAUCCUCUGUAUCCUCGCGUUCCGAUGGCUCCCCCCGCAGCUGGCAAGGUGCAACCUGUACAUGUUCAUCUCGUGCGUGCUCUAUAUCAACAUCAGCGGUGCCCAAGACUUCUGGUUCACCGCUGAUGACAAGUGCGUCCCCGGAGGCCCGGCGUUCGACUACACCUACUACAACACGUACGCGUCUCUGGUGGGGUCAGUGACUGGAUGGAUUGGCAUCGUUCUCUUCCAGGCGACCAUGAGCGACUGGAACUUCCGCACGCUCUUCUGGGUGACGACGCUGAUCCAGAUCGUAGCUGCCAGCUUCGACAUGCUCAUCAUAGCGCGAGUGAACAUCGCGUGGGGUAUCAGCGACAAGGCCUUCUACAUGUUCGGCGAUGCCGUGAUCGGCAACGUCGUCGGCAUGUUCGGCCUCAUGCCGAUGCUCGUCCUGACCUCGAAGCUCGUGCCCAAGGGCCUGGAGGCCACCACGUACGCCCUCCUAGCCGGCUUCCAGAACUUCGGGGGUGUCGUGUCGAGCCAGAUCGGAGUGUACGCGACGCAGGCGGCAGGGAUCAAGACCAAGGACCCGUGCGACUUCGAGAACCUGAACAUGCUCGUGCUCGUGUGCCACUGCUUGCUGCCACUCAUCGCCAUCCCCCUCACCUUCCUCCUCAUCCCGAACAAGAGAAUGACGGACAAGCUUAUCGACGACGAGGGAAGAGAAAUCGAAGACGAUCAGGAGGACUCGCUGCUACAGAACCCAGCGAGGAGCUGAAGGUGAGGCCGACGGCCGACGUGUAUCAUAGGUUAUUCAUCCUCGACUCAUCACUCAAUUAAAUCAAGACAACGAAUUCAG